UGCGGCGGCGCUGCCGGGAGGGUGCGCUGGGAGCCGGCGCGGAGCCGGCGGGCGGGCGGAGGAUAGCGCGGGCGCGGCACCUGCGGGCCGGAGUGUCGGGCUGCCUGCCGCAGCGCCGGGCCGCCCCGACUCCGAGCUGCUGCUGAGAUGAGUGCAGUGUCACAGCCCCAAGCCGCUCCCAGCCCCCUGGAGAAGUCGCCCAGCACGGCCAUCCUGUGCAACACAUGCGGGAAUGUGUGCAAGGGCGAGGUGCUGCGGGUGCAGAACAAGUACUUCCACAUCAAGUGCUUCGUCUGCAAAGCAUGUGGCUGCGACCUGGCGGAGGGCGGCUUCUUCGUGCGGGAGGGCGAGUACAUCUGCACGCUGGACUACCAGAGGCUCUACGGCACCCGCUGCUUCAGCUGCGACCAGUUCAUCGAGGGCGAGGUGGUGUCGGCGCUGGGCAAGACCUACCACCCCGACUGCUUCGUGUGCGCCGUGUGCCGGCUGCCCUUCCCCCCCGGGGACCGAGUGACCUUCAAUGGGAAGGAAUGCAUGUGCCAGAAGUGCUCCCUGCCCGUGUCAGUGGGCAGCAGCACGCACCUGUCCCAGGGCCUCCGAAGUUGUGGGGGCUGCGGCACAGAAAUCAGGAACGGCCAGGCCCUGGUAGCCUUGGACAAGCACUGGCACUUGGGCUGUUUUAAGUGCAAGAGCUGUGGGAAGCUCCUGAAUGCCGAGUACAUCAGCAAGGACGGGCUGCCCUACUGCGAAGCUGACUACCACGCCAAGUUUGGCAUCCGCUGUGACAGCUGUGAGAAAUACAUCACGGGGCGCGUGCUGGAGGCUGGGGAGAAGCACUACCACCCUUCCUGCGCGCUAUGUGUCAGGUGCGGCCAGAUGUUCGCAGAAGGAGAAGAGAUGUAUCUUCAAGGUUCCUCCAUCUGGCAUCCGGCAUGUCGACAAGCAGCCAGAACUGAAGACAGAAACAAGGAAACCAGAGCUUCCUCAGAGAGCAUCAUUUCUGUCCCUGCUUCCAGCACCUCAGGGUCUCCGAGCCGUGUGAUUUAUGCCAAGCUUGGUGGUGAGAUCCUGGACUACAGGGACUUGGCAGCCCUUCCUAAAAGUAAGGCCAUCUAUGACAUCGACCGUCCGGACAUGAUCUCCUACUCGCCCUACAUCAGCCACUCUGCAGGGGACAGGCAGAGCUACGGCGAGUCCCCUCAGUUGCUCUCGCCAACGCCGACCGAGGGGGAUCAGGAUGACCGGUCCUACAAGCAGUGCCGGACCUCCAGCCCAAGCUCCACUGGGUCGGUCAGCCUCGGCCGCUACACCCCGACCUCACGGUCACCACAGCACUACAGCCGUCCAGCUGGUACUGUGAGUGUGGGUGCCAGUAGCUGCCUCUCCCUGUCCCAACACCCAAGCCCUACAUCCAUGUUCAGACAUCAUUACAUCCCCCACUUCCGAGGCAGUGAAAGUGGCCGGAGCACCCCCAGCCUCUCCGUGCUCUCGGACAGCAAGCCGCCCCCCUCCACCUACCAGCAGGCGCCUCGCCACUUCCACGUCCCAGACACUGGCGUAAAAGAUAACAUCUAUAGGAAGCCCCCCAUCUACAGACAGCAUGGUCCUGUAGUCCAAUCCCAAAUUUCCAAGCUCUCUGGCCUGGUAUCAGUCUUGUCCUUGGUGGUGCAGGAGGCAGGGUACGCCAAAAGACAGACGGGCCUGAGCCUGCUGCCUGCUGCAGCUGCGAGGCGAUCCGAUGGGGAGGAGGGAAGCUUCGACCAGGAUAACAGGAAGCAGAAGAGCAGCUGGCUGAUGCUCAAGGGGGAGUCAGACACGAGGACCAGCUCUCCAGACCUGGACAGCCAGUCCUUGUCCCACAGCAGCGGGCCCGACAGAGACCCUCUCCACCGGACACCAGGGGACAGCUUUCACGCACGAUUCCCCUAUUCCAAAUCUGACCCUCUCCCAGGACAUGGAAAGAAUGGCUUGGACCACCGGAAUGCCAAUCUGGCCCCCUGUGGAGCAGACCCGGAUGCCAGCUGGGGCAUGCGAGAAUACAAGGUCUAUCCCUAUGACACCCUCAUUGUCACAAACCGAAUUCGGGUGAAACUGCCCAAAGACGUGGACCGGACGAGACUGGAGAGACACUUGUCGCCUGAGGAGUUCCAGGAGGUGUUCGGUAUGAGCUUGGAGGAGUUUGACCGCCUGGCCCUCUGGAAGAGGAAUGACCUGAAGAAGAAAGCCCUGUUGUUCUGACGGCUGCCAGCCUGCCCACUGGUGUGCGCCGGGAGCCGAGGCGAGGGGUCCCUGGCGAGAACCAUGCACGCCCCUCACACACACCUUGCUCUGGCUUCUCUGUGUCAAUGGGAUGGCAGGAGGGGGUCCCCCAGCAGGUGCAGCCUCUGCGCCUGCCGGCAACACUCCUGCCCGUAGUUUAGGGCUGAGACAGCUAGCUUCACACCACCCUUCCCCGCUGUGGCUUGGUGUCAGGGAGAGGCUGCACACUGGCUGUGUGGGGCAUCAGACGGAGUGCACAGGUGGCUGCAGCCCAGCCUACCUUCCCAGCGUCCUCAAGGUGCCCUGGCCCCGGUGCUAGGCACGUGGGGGACAGAGGUGCCCGGAACGUGAGCUGUGAGGCUUAUCGAAGAUGGGCGCUGACACCAUUGUUCCAGGAUGGGCACACAGCCCCUUUGGAGCCUGGGCAGCCUCGCCUCACAGGCAGACCCGCAGACAAGGCAGGGAGUGUCUGGGGCAGUGCCAAGAGUAGGGUGCGUGAUUUUUGCAGGCGUCUGUGAUGGGUCUCUCUAGGAACAAACGUCAGCUGACAGGCACCCUCUGGCAGUGCCCCUCCAUGCGCUGUGUCCUCUUCCAGAUCAUCUCCUAGAUGCCUACACAAUAUCUUUAAAGUUACACAGAAGUUUUUAUUUUAUUAAAAAGUAUAGCCUACUUAAACACGAGAUGACAUAUAUAGAGUUGAAUUUCACGGCCCCUCUGCAGGGGAGUGGCCCUCCAGCCUUAUUCUCCACCGCUCCGCUCUGUGUGGCUUCGGUCGGUUCUCGGUGUGGUCCUCAUACAUAGAGCUCCCUGUCUGGUUUCUCCUCUUUUCUUUUUCACGUCACACAGGUAACCUUAAAGACAGACCCCUCUGAAUCACGCUUUGUAAAUACAUGUCAAGUGUAGCCAUCACUGUUUUCCUUGCUGUUAUUUUUACAAGUCUUGGAGAGAAAACAUCUUCCUCUGGUGGCCAAAGCCCUGGAAUAAAAGGUUUCCAUGUCCCGCACCUAAUGCCCGACGUAGAUCUCGUCGUGCCGUCCUGUGAUGGCAGUGUCUCAGCACACCCACCUGAAAAGGAAACCCCACACGCCCCGGGAGCAACGAGCUCCUGUGUGUCCCUGAAACUGACAACCACACGCUGUUGGGGAGCAAAGGAUGGAGAGACGCCUCUCAUCCCCGACGCCAGCAGGGCAUCCCCGAGCAGGAGGCUGGCCAGGCUCCCCACGCAAAGGCGUUGGUGUCUGCCAUGAGGCGUGUGUUGAGGUGCAGUGCCGCCGUCACAGGAUGCCGAUAGGCGCGCUGAGAGGUGGCUGGAACACCGGAGCCUGUUUCCCCGUCCUCGGUGGGUGUUGCCUCUUGUGUGUGUCCCCAUGUUCCUGCCUGUGAGUCGGCCUUACUCUGCUUCCUCAGCGCCCACGACCUGCCAAGUCCCAUUUCCCACUCGGCUUCUCGCCCGCCCGGCUCGGCCAGGGAGGGGGAGUUUUUAGCACCUAAUCCGCUUCCUGCCGCUGAGCAAUCUGAGCCUGAGCAACUGGAAACCCCCAUUUCUCAGUAGUGCAAUGUCAUGUCUGAUCCCAGGAAGCCUGGAAAAUAAAAGACGAUGCAUUAUCACUUGUGGAAGUACAA